GACUGACGAUUCCGCUGCCAAUAAAAAUAACAUCAAAUUUAAUAUUAAUUGACAAAUUUUCCCGGACAACGUUGUGUAAAAAUAGUUUUCUUAGUCCGAAGUACCAUGAGUUCGAGGACCUAUUGUUCGUCAACAUUGGUUUGAGAAUUAUUUUGUUAUAUUGUACAGAUUAUUGAAUAGCGCGUUCCGCAAGAUUCUCCGAAAAUGACUACCUCGUUUCUAGAGAACAAAAUUAUCAGUCUACAGGCUCGACUAAAAGCGGACGGCGAUCCCGUUGAAGAGAUGCCUCCUCCAUUAAUAUCCAGUCCUAGACAGGGAUCUGGAAGACGACCCAAACAACGUGAGUAUUAAAUAACGCCCUAUUAUUUACUCUCCUGUCUAAAUAGUUGUACUAGUAACAUAUAGUAAUGCAUUACUAAAACCGUUUUGUGUGACCUUGGUAACUUUUUUUUCAUUAUUUGUUAAUUUUCAGUUGGUGACAUGGGAACGCCAACUAGGACUCGAAAGCAUAUAGACCUGCCCGACUGUGUACUCAUGCAGCCAAGGGUUGAGGAUACAUCAGAAGUUGAAGUUAAGAUGAAACAUAUAAUGAAAAUGAGUGGUCUACUGACAAUUAAUGGAAUUGUAAGCAACUAUAUAUUUUACUACAGAAUACAGUACAGUUAUUAUUUAAUUGAUUAUUUAUACUCAUUGUUUAGCAAUAUAAAACUGAACUAAAAGAUUUAGAACAUCUUGGAGAAUUAGGAAGUGGUACGUGUGGGCAUGUGGUGAGAAUGUUACACAAACCUAGCAACACUGAAAUAGCUGUUAAAGUGAGUUGACUUUUGAACUAAUAUUAUCUAAUUGAUUAUCUAUAUCAAAUGGGUUUUCUUUGGUUGUAUGUAAUUGUACAUAUUUUUUUAUUUUUUUUAGCAAAUGAGAAGGUCUGGAAACAGUGAAGAGAAUAAACGUAUUACUACUGAUCUCGAGGUAGUACUCAAAUCUCAUGAUUGCCCUUAUAUUGUUAAGUGUUUGGGCGCAUUUAUAACUGAAGCAGAUGUGUGCAUCUGUAUGGAAUUAAUGGCUACCUGUUUUGAUCGUUUGUUGAGAAGACUCAAGACACCAAUUCCAGAAGAUGUAUUGGGAAAAGUUGCUUUACAUGUAAGUCCAUUAGAAACUAGUAAAUUCAAUUAUAGCAAUAUUUUUUUAUUUUUUUUUUGUAGACCGUAAAAGCGUUAAGUUAUUUAAAAGAGUCGCAUGACGUUAUCCAUAGAGAUGUAAAACCAUCAAACAUUUUGUUGGAUGAAAGAGGAAAUGUAAAACUUUGUGAUUUUGGUAUAUCAGGGAGAUUAGUUGAUUCGAAAGCUCGUACCAAAAAUGCUGGAUGCGCUGCUUACAUGGCUGUAUGUAUAUAUAUUAGUUGAAUUGUAAAAUCAAAAAUAGCUAUAUAUUGUGUAUAAAAAUAUUUGUGUUUCUUUAGCCUGAAAGAAUUGAACCUAGGCAACUGGACUAUGAUAUACGAUCUGACAUAUGGAGUUUAGGCAUAACAUUAGUAGAAUUGGCGACAGGUGUGUUUCCAUAUCGUGACUGUAAAUGUGAUUUUGAAGUAUUGAGUCGAGUUUUAAACGAUGACCCCCCUUCACUUCCUCAAGAUCAAGAGUUCACCUUAGAGUUUAGAAAUUUUGUAUCCAAUUGGUGUGUAUUAUUUAAACCAACUAAAAUUUAAGUAUAUUUGCAAUAUUUAUAUAAUUUUUUUUUUUUAAAGUUUAAUCAAAGAUUAUAAAUUACGUCCAAAGUAUAAACAGUUAUUAGAACAUCCCUUUUUGCAAAAAUAUACGUGGAAAACGGUUAAUGUUGCUGAAUGGUACGCAGCAGCCACAAAUCAGAAUCAAUUACCCAAGUAAUUUUUUGCUAUUUUUUUAUUUAAAGUGUUCAUGUUAUAUGAUGUAUACAUUUUAUUAUUUAAUCAGUUUUAGUCCAGCAAUACCAGGUAAUGAAAAUGUUCCUAUUAAUGUCCGCAAGAUGUCAGAUCAUCAAUUUCCCUCAUUGAGUUUAAUCGAAAAGAACAAAAUUAAUGGGUUAGUUAAUUGGUUAUUUAAUAUAAUAUUUAAUAACUGUAUAUUAUAUGUUCUUUACAGCAAUGUGGUACUUGACUCUCCAAAACCUAUAAAACGAUUUCCAAGCGCAGAAAUGCCUCAUUCGGUAUUGUUAUCUCCAUACAAACAAUUGACAAAUGGGGGCAAUAUUUCUGCUAACACUAGCCCAUUAGUGCUGCAACGAUUUUACCAUCAACAAAAUCAAUAUCAUUCUAGGUGAGAAUAAGGAAUAUGUUAAACAAAUUAUGGUUAUAACAAUACUCAACAAUAAUUAUUGUCUACUUUAGGUCGUCUUCAGUAUCGCCGAGUAGGUUUGAACGUUCUACACCUAGAGAAAUUAACCCUCCAGAUUCACCGAAACCUAGUCCAAGAAAGAGUUUGAUAUCUACCUACCUCAAGUUUGCUCCAUGGAGCAAAACCCCUCCUAGUCCUCCCCCACGAAACCAAAACACACCCGUGCCUGAAUCCCCUCUGGUGACGCGACGCGAAGUGUGUCCACCUUCUCCAGCUCCAAUACGUAAGACUUUUGAAGGUUCUCCAGCUUUAUGCAGACGUUAUGUGUCUCCAGCACCACCAACUCCACCACCACGACGUUUAUCGGAGAGUGGAUCGUCACCCAUGCACACCUUAUACCAACAUCGAUUGUUUGGUCAACCAAAAUUAGAAGAAAAAGAUCGAAGAUACACACCUCAACCACGUCGUCGUGUUGUUUGCCAGUUUAAUGAUAUAUGACAACUACUGUGUGGACAGAAUCGUAAAGAAUCUGUUCCUAAAAACAGUGAGUAAAUUUAUAUUGCUUGAUUAGAGCAAUUUAACAUUAUUGAAUCAUAUUAGAUUUAAUUAGCAAUUUAAAAAGACAAUUUAUAUAUAACAAUAAUAUAAUAUUAAAUUAUGAAAAGCAAUGUUAAACAAAAUAUACCUAUAAAUUAUUGUAUGACAGGUCUAGUUACUAUUAAUGUUGCUGAAAAUUAUUUUUUAAUCAUUUUUCUGUUGAAUUUUUUUUUACACAAGGCACAUUUCAUUAUUAUUUUAUGUGUUAAAUAGUUGGGUGAUUGCAAUUAGUAGCAUUCAUAUCCGAUCAUAGUAUAUUAUUAAUAUUUUAUAAGAUUGUUUAUGAAACUUAACUGGUAACCAGUUCCUUAUUUGUCGAUUAACUGGUGAAUUUAAUCACUGAAUUCUUAUUAUUAAGAAAGUAAAUAUAUUAUGUAUAUGUAUAUACAUAACAUAUAAAAGUACAGUGUAAUUGAUUGAUUUUUUUUAAAAAAAUAUUUUGUUAUUCAACAUUUUGAUUUAACCAAAAAUUUGUUUAGAAAUUAAAAAUCAAAAUGUAUCGCCAUUUAUUUAUUUAUUAAUUAUAUAAUUAUACUUUUUUUUUGCAACUUUCAUUUGUGUAUAAAAUAAUAAUUUUUGUGUUCUGUUUUAAAUUGUUUGCUCAAUUUGUUUGUUUGUUUGUUUUUUUUUUUUUUUUUUUUUUUUUUUUUUUUGUGACUAGUCACGGUGUCACAGCCGAAAUGCCCGAGGUUAUUAUUUACACGUAUAUAAAUCAUAAAUGUAUCUUACUGUGAUUUUUUUGAACAUUUUCUUUUGCUUAUUAUGUACCAAGUUUUAUAGUUAAAUAUUUAAGCUUACAACAUUUUUAUGUUAACUCAUAAGAUUUAAUAAUUAAGUAAUAUAUGAACUAUAUAUAUAUAUAUAUAUUAUAUUACAUUCUAGUCAUGAUAUAUAAAUAUUAUUGUUUCAGAAUGAUAUUUUGUAUAAAGUUAAGUAAUAUUACAUUAUUUGAUCAAAACAAUAUAACAAAAUAAAUAAUAUUAAAAAUGCAUUUAUUUUUUGGCAAGCGCAUGUGUGUAUGUAUUUUGCUAUUGAUAACAAAAUGUUUGGUAUUUUGAUCAACGCCCAAUGUUCAUUCGGAACCAGGUUGUAUGAAAUAUCUUUGGUUCAGGUUGAGAACUUAUUGUUUGUUGCUUGAUCAACGUCUGUAUCCAAUUUUUCGUAGUGCUUUUAGGUCUACAUCCCCGUAAUAGUCUUCACUAAA